CGCGACAUCCCCUGAAUCCAAUGUCCGAUCCUAUGACCUCUCCUUCCGUCUCGUCUGCUCGAGCUGGCAUGACUACACCUCGCAGACUCUCCUCGGACUCUUCAAGCACAUAACUCUGCGCGAUACCCGCCAUGCAGCAUGCUUCUGCACUCUCGUUUGCACGAGUCCGCGCGCGGGUAUCCGUGUGGAGAGUCUCGUCGUGAACCGUCUGUCUGUCACUGAGGUGUUGACGGAUCUACUGUCGGAGGACAUGCAAGAGUGGCUCCCGAACCUGCGGUCGAUCGGAUUUCAGCAUCCGGAGUUUAUUUCCAUCCCGCGUGACAAGCGGCUGGGCACUUGGACUCAAGUAGAAGCGGUGUCUUUCUACGGGGACUACGACUUCGAGACGGCGGAUGGCCUGUGGGACUGGGUCGCGCUCUUUGCGGGGUGUGGCUCUCCGUCCUUUGCCUUUGCCGGGAGUCUCCGGAAGAUACCAACCCCAAGAAAAGUAGCACCUCCACCGGACCCUCCACGCGUUCACCUGCAUUCUCUUACCUUCGAUGGAUGGAGCUCCGUCAUUUGGUGGCUUCCCCGCAGCGUUGACCUCCCCACAUCUCCACGUUGAUAAGCUAGCACUGGUCCUCUAUGCAUUUUCCGACUAUGCACCCCUUCUGCACCUCCUCUCUCCAAAGCUCCAAGAGCUAUUGCUCUCGCGCUCCGACCACUGGGACGCCACCCCUCUAGAACUGGCGGAUGACUGCUGCACCGAGCUGCAUACGUUCACCCUCCAUCUCGAGAUCCUUAGUUCGCAAGAGGUGCCUCUCGCGCUGUCCGAUAUCCGAGUGAUCCUUCGCGCAUCACCCAACCUAUCUCGCAUCCGAUUUCUCAUCGCUCAGCCGAGCCCCUGCCUGUUGUCACUGCUGGAACGGGCAUCGGGCAAACUGGAUACACUCCUCACAGGGACUGUCGAUCGUGUCUUCAUCAAAUCGGUUCACUCUCCAGAUCAUGCAGGAGAUUUGUGGCAGCCCGGAUUAGAAAGCGUUCUGACAGCGUAUAUACCUCAGCUAACUCAUCUCGGUACUCUCCAUUUCGGGCCAAGAGAAGAC